UGACUGGUGAGGAGCAUGCUGGUACUGAGCCCCGUGAAGCAGAACCAGGAGGGGCUGCUGGGGCUUAGGUUCACCGCCAACAUACCCACAUUAACUCUGGAUUUGACGGCUGGGAUUUGGAGAGCAGAGCGCAGUGAAAACCAUACAGUUGGUUUGAAAAAGAAACCUAAAACAAUGCCCAGAAAGAGUAUAGAUUAUGGAGAGCUGCCGGAGUAUGAGAAAAGCCAGAUCAAAAGGACAUUGGAGCUGGGAACUGUUAUGACAGUAUUCAGUAUUAAGAAGAGUAGUCCAGAAAGGAGGACUAUUCAGGUUAUAAUGGAAACCAGGCAGGUAGCCUGGAGCAAGACAGCUGACAAGAUCGAAGGUUUCUUGGAUCUGAUGGAAAUAAAAGAAAUUCGCCCAGGAAAGAAUUCAAAGGACUUUGAACGAUGCAAAGCAAAACACAGAGAAGAACACUGCUUCACUAUUUUUUAUGGUACCCAAUUUGUCCUCAAUACCUUAAGUUUAGCAGCUGAUUCUAAAGAUGAUGCUGAUAAAUGGUUGUGUGGCUUGAAUAUCUUGUAUCAAGAGGUCAUGAGAGCUCCAACACCUGCGAUCACGGAGAGCUGGCUGAGAAAGCAGAUCUAUUCUGUUGAUCAGACUAGAAGAAAUAGUAUCAGUCUUAGAGAGCUAAAAGCUAUUCUUCCCCAAGUAAACUUCAAAGUGAGCAGCAUGAAGUUCUUGAAGGAUAAAUUUGUGGAAAUAGGUGCUCACAAGGAAGAGCUUAGUUUUGAACAAUUUCAUUUGUUCUACAAAAAGAUCAUGUUUGAACAACAGAAAUCGAUUCUCGAUGAAUUCAAAAAAGAUUCCUCUGUGUUCAUUCUUGGAAAUACUGACCGUCCAGAUGCUUCAGCAGUUCAUCUCCAUGACUUUCAGAGGUUUCUCCUACAUGAGCAGCAGGAAUCUUGGGCACAAGAUCUGAGUAAAGUCCGAGAACGAAUGACUGAGUUUGUAGAUGACACUAUGAGAGAAACUGCCGAACCCUUCCUCUUUGUUGAUGAGUUCCUCACUUACCUUUUCGCAAAAGAGAACAGUAUUUGGGAUGAGAAAUAUGAUACAAUAGAUGUGCAGGACAUGAAUAAUCCUUUGUCCCACUACUGGAUUUCUUCCUCUCAUAACACAUAUCUGACAGGAGACCAGCUUCGAAGUGAAUCCUCCACUGAAGCUUACGUCAGGUGUCUUAGAAUGGGAUGCCGAUGUAUUGAGUUGGACUGCUGGGAUGGUCCUGAUGGGAAGCCCAUCAUUUACCAUGGAUGGACACGGACAACAAAGAUCAAAUUUGAUGAUGUAGUGCAGGCAAUCAAAGAUCACGCUUUUGUUGCAUCUGAAUACCCAGUCAUUCUGUCAAUUGAAGAGCACUGUAGUGUGGAACAGCAGCGACACAUGGCCAAAGUGUUCAAGGAGGUAUUUGGGGAUCAGCUUUUAAUGAAACCUGUUGAGGCUAGUGCAGAUCAGCUACCGUCACCAACUCAACUGAAAGAAAAAAUCAUCAUCAAGCACAAAAAACUGGGGCCAAAGGGAGACAUUGAUGUCAACCUGGAAGACAAGAAAGAAGAAAAGAAGCAACAAGGAGAACUUUACAUGUGGGAUGCAAUAGAACAGCAGUGGACUCGGCACUACUGUGCUAUUGCUGAUGGAAAGCUUUCAUUCAGUGAUGUCAUAGAACAGAAUGCAGAGGAGGAUCCAUCAAAGGAGGUAAAACGUACUGAACUGCACUUAAAAGAGAAAUGGUUCCAUGGAAAAAUGAAAGAGGGGAGAACAACUGCUGAGAAGCUGCUCCAAGAAUAUUGUGCUGAAAUGGGUGGCAAGGAUGGGACAUUCCUAGUUAGGGAGAGCGAGGCUUUCCCCAAUGAUUGCACCCUGUCAUUCUGGAGAUCAGGUAGAGUCCAGCACUGCCGUAUCCGUUCUUCAAGUGAUGGGGACACUGUGAAAUACUACCUGACAGACAAUGUCACUUUUGAUAGCAUCUAUGAUCUCAUUCAACACUACAAGGAGGUCCACUUGAGAUGUGCUGAAUUUGAGCUGCGUCUGACUGACGCUGUGCCCAAUCCCAGCCCUCAUGAAAAUAAAGAUUGGUACUAUAGCAACUUGAGUCGAGGAGAGGCAGAAGACAUGCUGAUGCGAAUUCCUCGAGAUGGAGCCUUUCUGAUUAGAAAGAGAGAUGAGCCUGAUUCAUUUGCCAUGACUUUCAGAGCUGAGGGGAAGGUGAAGCACUUCCGAAUUCAACAAGAAGGUCGCCAUUUUGUGCUUGGAACAUCAGCCUACUUUGAGAGUUUAGUGGAACUGGUCACAUACUAUGAGAAGCACCCUCUGUACAGGAAAAUGAAACUGCGUUAUCCCGUGACUGAGGAGCUGCUGGAGCGCUACAGCACGGAAAAAGAUAUAAACUCUCUUUAUGAUGUCAAGAUGUACGUGGAACCCAGUGAAAUCACCCCUACAGUGCCUCAGAGAACGGUGAAAGCCUUGUAUGACUACAGAGCCAAACGAAGUGAUGAAUUGAGCUUCUGUCGAGGAGCUCUAAUUCAUAAUGUCACAAAGGAAACUGGAGGCUGGUGGAAGGGGGAUUAUGGAGAAAAAGUCCAACACUAUUUUCCAUCCAAUUACGUUGAAGACCUGUCGUCUGAUAAUUCUGCUGAGCUUGAAAGCCAGAUUAUUGAGGACAAUCCAUUAGGCUCUCUGUGUCACGGCAUAUUGGUACUAAAUACGUACAAUGUGGUGAAAAUGCCACAAGGGAAACACAAAAAGCCUUUUGUCUUCAUUUUGGAACCUAAGAAUCCAGAAGAUCCAUGCGUUGAAUUUGCAACUGAUAAAGUAGAAGAACUGUUUGAAUGGUACCAAAGCGUCCGUGAAAUCACAUGGAAAACUGCAGAAGAGGAGAACAGGAGGAAAUACUGGGAAAAGAAUCAAUUGAUUGCCAUUGAAUUAUCUGAUCUGGUGAUCUACUGCAAGCCAACAAGCAAAACCAAGGACAAUUUAGAAAAUCCUGAUUUCAAAGAAAUUCGUUCCUUUGUGGAAACCAAGGCAGAAAGUAUUGUUAAGCAAAAGCCAGUUGAGUUGCUGAAAUACAACUUGAAGGGACUGACACGUGUCUAUCCUAAAGGACAAAGGGUUGACUCAUCAAACUAUGACCCAUUUCGCCUCUGGCUUUGUGGCUCUCAGAUGGUGGCUCUUAACUUUCAGACUCCAGAUAAAUACAUGCAAUUGAACCAUGCCUUGUUUUCACUUAAUGGACGCACUGGCUAUGUUCUGCAGCCAGAAAGCAUGAGAAAUGAAGAAUAUGACCCAAUGCCAAAUGAAUCGAAGAGGAAAUUGCAGAUGAUUAUGACAGUGAGGGUUUUAGGUGCUCGUCAUCUCCCAAAGCUUGGUAGAAGCAUUGCGUGUCCCUUCGUAGAGGUAGAAAUAUGUGGGGCUGAGUAUGAUAAUAACAAAUUCAAGACAACAGUUGUGAAUGACAAUGGCCUUAAUCCAGUAUGGGCACCUUGUCCGGAGCAAGUGAAAUUUGAAAUUUAUGAUCCAAAUCUAGCAUUUUUGCGCUUUGUUGUUUAUGAGGAGGAUAUGUUCAGUGACCCCAAUUUCUUAGCACAUGCCACUUUUCCCAUCAAAGGAAUCAAAUCAGGUUUUAGAUCAGUUCCUCUCAAGAAUGGUUACAGUGAAGACAUAGAGCUAGCCUCACUUCUGAUUCACUGUGAAAUGCAGCAAGUUCUGGAAUAUGAAGAAGAGCUUUAUUCUUCGUGUCGGCAACUUCGGAAGCGCCAGGAGGAAGUUAAUAACCAGCUGUUCCUUUAUGAUACCCAUAUGAACUUAAGGAAUCCUAACAGAGAUGCAUUAUUAAGAGAAUUCAAUGUGAAUGAACAUAAACUACAGAUGUGUCAAGAAACAUGUAACCGGAGAUUAAGGGAGAAGAAAGUCAGUAACAGUAAAUUCUACUCUUAAAACAGUCAUUCUUUGAUGCGUGCUUUAUGGAGCAGUUCAGGUAGAGACAUUAAUUUAUCCUGGUCAUUCUAUUCUGUGAAGAUCUCAUCUGCUGAAUGAAUCGAAGAGGAAGAAGAGGAGGGAAGAUGGAUUUUCUUAUUAAUUUCUUGUUAUGAGAAAAACUGUUUUAAUUCCAAAUAAUUUAUAUUCUGUACAAGGUUUGGCCAGUACCUCUGUGCAGGCCAGACUUCCUGUAUAUGAAAGAAUCUGAAGGUGGGUAGUUGCAUAGACUUCACUGCUUAUCAAUACCUGAAGUGCAAGUUUAAAUUGUUCAUGGUGUCUCUGUACACAGGAUGUAGAUAAGACAUUCACAACAAUUUGCAUGCAUGGAAUCACACCACUUUAACAACCUGGCUCCUUAAGAUUAACUGGUAGUGAGUUUUUAAUUUAUUAAAUGCUGUAAAAGCACUUUUGCACCAACAUUUCUUUUUUAAAUGUAUAUUACCUUACCUUAGGCAAUGGAUUGUACUUCUGAUACUGUAUAAAGAAUUUUGGGCAGCUAAUAGCUCAUACUGUAUUGUCUCUUAAUAGUAGUUCUCUGUGCCCUUCUUGAGUAGCAGAUAAUAUGUUACUUUUGUUGAAAUCAAAUAUCCUCUUUGACUUUGGAUGCUUCCUUGUGAAAGGUUUAAGAGAACAGUGUGUGCACUUGUUUUUGUAGCCCCUCUGAACUUGUGUUCCUAAAUUAAGGUAUUGGAGGGAAAGGUUUUAAUGUAAAUAUGUGCUAAGAAAUA